GCGUAAAGCUCGCUCCAUGUGGCUGUAGUGCAUGUCCGGCACGCUGCUGCUGAGUGAUUACUGAGAGCAGAAAAUGCCGCCCAGGUUAUCUUGUGGUCGUGAUGUUAACUGUUGCCCUGAUAUAAACUCAACAUUGGAAUCAGUAUGUCGAUCAGGAUUCGACUUUGCCUGUAUACCUGUUGUUCAUCCUCGGUUAAAAAGGGAAUUUCUGAACGAUCCAGCCAAAAAUCGGCCAGGUCCAUUGACUCGUUCCGAUCUUUGCCUCUCUAGUAAUGAUUGGAGUAAUUUGGUGGUCGGCAAAAUUUCUCCAUGGCUUCAGUUGGAUUCACCCAACUAUAAAGUUCGUAGAAAUUCUGAAAUAGCACUGCAACAAGAACUCAGUUACACGGCUCACCUGGGACUACCUGCUGUUGUCCUACAACUGGAAAAUGGAAACUGUGCCAACCUGGCCCGGUGUCUCAAUGAGCACAUAUUAUCAACCUACUGCCCACAGCAAUACUGGAUUCAUGUUCCAAUGCUGAGUGCUGAAGAUCAGAAAGACCCAGUGCUUGAAGAGGAAGAAGAAACAGAGCGUGUUCCAGAAGACACCUGGCAGUGGUGGAAUACAUUCCGUUCUCUGUGUGACUGGAGUAAGAAACUGGAUGUCCUACUGGAGGUAACUGCAGAUUUGCCAGAAGAUGAAAUGAUCCAGCGAUGGCUGGCAGAGCCAGUGAAAGCAGUUUUGGUAUCCACCAGUUUAUUUCUGACCAACAAGAAGGGCUAUCCUGUUCUGUCAAAAGCACACCAGGCUGUUCUCAGGAGUUUUUUCAAGCUGGAUGUGCAAGUGGUUUUAACAGGAGUGGAUCGACACCCAGACAAAGGCAUUAGAUGUUACCAGCAGUACUUGGAUCACCUCUGGCAGACACAGCCAUCACCAGAUCCUGUCACAGAGUUUGCCAAAGGAUUUGAGGAUUAUCUUCAAAAUCCUUUGCAGCCUCUCAUGGAUAAUCUGGAGUCACACACAUACGAAAUUUUUGAGAAAGAUCCUGUGAAAUACUCGGAGUACCAGCGGGCAAUCUAUCGGGCUGUUAUUGACAGAAUAGAAGAUAAGGAUAAAGAAACCAUGGAACUGGUUUUGAUGGUGGUGGGGGCUGAGGGACCUUUGGUCAGGGCAGCAAUCAAUGCUACCAAGCAGGCAGACCGCAAAGUAAAGAAGAUUUAUGCAGUGGAGAAAAACCCCAAUGCUGUCAUUACAUUAGAAAAUUUGAGAGAUGAAAUGUGGGGCCACUUGGUCGAAGUAGUGUCAUGUGACAUGAGACAUUGGGAUGCCCCUGAAAAGGCUGACAUUAUCAUUAGUGAAUUACUUGGCUCUUUUGGUGACAAUGAACUCUCACCUGAAUGUCUUGAUGGAGCUCAGCGCUUUCUUAAAGAUGAUGGCAUUAGUAUUCCUUCAGCAUACACAUCAUACCUAGCUCCUUUACAGUCAGCAAAACUGUACAGUGAGUUCCGCAUACAGAAAGAAAAGGAUAAAACCCCUGAGAGCUGCUUUGAGAUGCCUUACGUUGUUCGCCUUCACAAUUGCCAGAUCCUGGCAGAACCACAGAAAGUAUUCAGCUUCCAUCAUCCUAACAGAGAUAAGGUCAUAGACAACACUCGGCAUGCAAGUUUGGAAUUUGAAAUUAGUGAAGACUGCGUUGUACAUGGAUUGGCUGGAUACUUUGACACAGUGCUAUACAAAGAUGUUGUGUUAAGUAUCCUGCCCUCCACACAUUCACCAGGAAUGUUUAGCUGGUUUCCUAUCCUGUUUCCCCUGAGAACACCAACAUUUGUGACCAAAGGCACCAAGGUUGUGGUCCAGAUAUGGCGCAGAGUAACAGAGAAGAAUGUGUGGUAUGAAUGGACCAUGGUGCAGCCCCAGACACUUCCCAUUCACAACCCUAAGGGUCGCUCUUACACUAUUGGUCUUUGAUGGUUGUAAUCAAAGACUUUUAACACCUCUUCCAUUGGGCUGCUGGUAAAGUAAUCUAAUUCUUCCACCGUAAAUGUGAAGAGAGGAUGUAGUCGAACAAGAAAUCAAAAGCUUGCAAAGUAUGACUUCACUCUCUUUUCUGUACAAGCCAGGUUGCAACAACCUCAAGCUGGUUAGUGAAUAUGGUCUGCUCAAGUGCAUAAUGUCUUAUGCUGAUAAUCUUUUCCUCGUUUGUUUUCUUAAUUUGUUUUUGCUUUUUCCAGACAUUGAUCUAUGGUAUUAUUCCACUUAAUGUCUUUCCUUAAAAAGGGCUGGUGCUCAAAGCAGGCCUGCACCUUGAGAACAGUUUUAGUAUUUACAAUACUGCUGUCAUUAUGCUGUAAUUUGCUAGUGUAACAUCUGUAUGGAUCUGUUAGUUAGUGUAGCAUAGGAUCUGCUAGUGUAGCAUAUAUAUAUAAUUUUUUGCAUUUAGCAGUCUGAUUAGUAUCCAGGGUUUGUGAUUUCAAGGGCUUUUUUUUUUUUAAAGUUUAAGGGGAGAAUGGGAGAUAUGAAUGGAAAAUAAGAUUUGUGGUCGUCACAUGGCUAUUCAUAAAACAGAAUGUUAUAAUUGUGGAAUUCUCUUUCCUCUGACUCUGAGCAUAUAUGGAAGCCUUCGCAUGUGUACACAGCAACUGUUGUGAAUUACAUGAUACUCAAGUGUAGUGUUUUGGCUCUCAUUACAUAGAAAAUUAUGAUGGCUGCUUUGACAAUGUGACAGGGCCAUGACAUGCUGUCUGAAAAAGAAAAUUUAUAUGUAUCAUAUAUAAUGAUCAUUGUUUGUGUGACUAUGCUAAAAGUCAACAGUAGCAUGUUGAGUAUUGUAUUCCCAUAAAAGAUAUUAUUUUUACAAAGCUACUAACAGCAGUAACUUAUAUUAGUGGAGCAGACUCUUUGAACUCGAAAGUAAAUAUUUACAGUGUAUCCUAUUAGUUCAUUUCUCCUUCCAUUAUCUGGGUCACAACCAUUAUUCAACAUGCUGUUCAUUUUUCAGGUUUUUUUGUUUUGUUUUUUUGGGGGUUUUUUGUGUGUCUUUUUAUCAUUUUAUGGAUCUCAUUUUUUAGGUGCAUUGAGCCAGUUUAACAUGCUCCCAUCUCUGAUCUUGCCAUUUUUCCCUCUCAGUUUCACAUUUAUUCUUUUAUGUAGGAUUUUCUUUAAAAUAACCUUUUAAACUUAAAAGAUCUUAAUCACUUUUGAUAUAGCAUUGGAACAAAGAAUAUCAAAGUUCCUUUUUUUUUUUUUUGUAAAAAUUGACUAGAUUGAUAGUGUUAGGGUAAUGGUUGUAAAAGUGGAUGACCAAAGGGUUUGGUCACUGUAUUUAAGACAACUAGUAAGUACACUAGCUGGUGUGGCACAGAUUUCCCUCCCCACCCCAUAUCCCCUCUCCGCAAUACCCCCCCCCCCAAUUACCUCUACUGUGUGUGUGUGGCUUGGGGGGAGAGGGUAACAAAUAUGAAAGUUGAAAGAAAGGUAGAGAGAGGAGAGAUAAGCAUUGCCCUCUCACAAAGCUAGUACCUGACACCUAAUCGCUCUAUGACUGAAAGGCUAUAGGUACCCCUUGCCAAAUCCUUUUUUUUUGGAUGUAUUAGUAAUGUUACUACCAGAUAUCUACCAUGGUGAUUCGAAAAUGAAAGUUUCUGUACAGCUGCAGGGAGUAUGUGUUUAUUGCUCUUUGGGAGUUACAUGUAAUGAGAAAGUUCACUGCUAUACUCCAUAAGUAGCAUGUGAAUAUCUGUUGCUGGUUGUGUCAUUUAUCAGGGUUUUUGUGUGCAUGUACAGUGCAUGCAUAUUUAUGUAUGCAAUAGCAGGAUUGUUGUCAAUAACAUGUUCAAAGUAAUUCUCUGGGACACCAAGCUGCAUUUUUUUUACUGAAGUCUUGCCCAUUAGUAUCUGCUGAAAUAUCUUGUAUCCUCAUUUUUAUUAUUUUUGUAUGCACUCUUCAGCACAAGGCUAAAACUGUAUUACAUCAUCAUGUCCAUUGACUGCUACUAGAGGGGAGUUUGAGUUUGCAUGUGAUGGCUGUUGUGGUUUUUCUGAAAGGGCUUUAUCAUUUUAACUAGCAUCAAUCAUGAACUGUGCAAUAAGAAUAGUAAGGUUGCAAAGCAGCUUGAGGGUUGCAGCUACGCUAGCUGGAUCCUAAAGUAUAGUUGAUCAGUCAGCUAAGGUACUAAUAUUUUACAAGCAAAUUAGCUGACUUCUAGAUAGAUGUUAGCAUCUAGUUAGUGCAGUAGAGCACCAUAAUGACUACAGCACAAUUAACAUUCUCAUCUUUGUGACAUUUUUGGAAAAAAUUGGCUACUGUAAGCUUUAUAUUUUAAAUUUUACUUUUCAAGUGGUAUAUAGAUGUAUACCCACAUUCAUUAGUAUGAAGUUGAGAAUGCAUUUAAUGAAGCUUCAUUUGUAAAUGUAAACUUGCUGCAGUAAGAAGGUUGUGUAACAUCUUUGACUUUAAAACUACUUUAUACGCAGUUUCUUUCAUGCAUGUAAAGCAUGUGCAUUUUUUUUAUAUUUAUUUCUUAUUUUUAUUUUGGUUUAUGUCCAAAUUAUGUAUUGUCAUGCCCUACCUUUUAGCAUCCUUGUCCAAAAUCUCAAAUAGAUGGGGAUGUAUAAUGAAUGCAUUAAUGUUAACUUGGAUUAGUUUGAUGAAUUGUUUUUAAAGCUAUUUUAGUGGCAGUUGCAGUUUCAAGGAUUAUUGCGGAGAUGAACUAGCCCAAUGCAGAUAUUGCGCCCUCUCAGUCCAGGAAGAGUGUGUGUGUACGCACAUGUGGGUGCACUUUCUUUUCAGCUAAGUGACAAGACUGCUUGUUGAAUUGAGGAGUAGCCUGGUCCAAUUGACUAGAAAACAUGCAUUUGUCAUCGGCACCUUUUCUGCCUGGUUGCCAUAGUAUUUGAUAGGUAAGAUGCAAAUUGUGAAAUAGGCAUAUAAACUGAUACUCAUUUAAAAGCAUUUGGGACAGAAGCUUGUACAGAUUCUUCUUAUUGUAGGGAAUUGCUCAUCUGUCAGGCUCAGGAAGGUCAGCUUCUUUUUUUUUUCUUGAAGGUUUCUGCUGUUUAAGACUGUCAUUAGUGAAUAGGAGCAGUUUUAACUGUAAAAGUAAACACAUUUACAGAGAUGGAGAGGUGCUGGUAAUGACUGAUUUAGGCCUCGCUGAGACUACUUGUGAUAAAGAAGUGGGCAGAUCUGUUGCCAGGCCUUUUACUGCAGAUAACCUGCCUAAAAUAGUAUAUUGGGAUCAACCAAAGAAUACACUAUUUUCUUGUUCUGUUUGCAGUCACAAUGUUUUCUUGAGAUGGAAUCUACUUGAUAUUUCUGCUUUCAUGUCUGAUUUUGACUUCACAUUCUGUCAGCAUUAGUUACAAGCACAGAAAGUCUGGAUAAAUAAGAUUUUUGCAAUGUGCAAGUGUCAUCUUCAUAAACUGUAUGCUUUACAGUAUUCGAUACCUAGCAUACAUCGCCCUUUGAAAGAGCAUGAGUAGUGGUUUAUAUCACAUCACAGCGACAGGAUAAAUCACAACAGGAAUGUUAAGUUUUCUUCUUUUUUUUUAACAUGUACAGGGUCCACUAUUGAUAGAGGAUCUUGUUUUUGUAAGAUUCUGUAAGCCAGAACAAAAUUAGAAACCUGAAAUUCACGCAUGUUGAGACAUUGAUAUGGUUUAACUUUUAAAUACAAGGUUGUUUUGAAAUUACAUUUUGCAACAUUGUUGUUUCAUAUAAAUGGAUGAUUAACAUUGUUAACCUAAAUUUAGAAAUUUAGGCUGAAGUAUUUUUAUUUUAUGCAUUGUUCUAAAGCAUGAUGAGUCUACUUGAGCUAUCAGUUUUAUACUUCACAAUGAAAAAGUUCACCUCAUGGCCUGUACUCUGAUGUGGAAUAUUUUCUUCAAGCACAUGUUGAAAUUGUUCAACAGAUCAAAAUUUAUUAAAUGAUUUGGAAGACC